CCCUCCCUCUUCCCUCCCCUCCCAGCGCCCCCCAAUGUCCGCAUUUUCCCCGUCACCCCUCGGAACACUCCAGCACCCAUCAUGCUGGCCUGCGUGGCGUGGGGCUUCUUCCCGAGCGAGGUGGACCUCUCCUGGUGGUGGAACGGGGCCCUCGUGAAGAGUGGGCUGGGCCCCCCAAAAAUCUCCAGCAAUGGGGACUGGACUUACCAGGCUCGGCUGACGCUGCCGGUCGACCCCGAGAAAGGAGGCGUCUACACUUGCCGGGUCGCGCACGUGAGCCUGACCGAGGCCGUCACAAAGGACUGGGCACCAGGCUUGCCUCUGGACCUCAGGGUGAAAGUCGGGGCCGCCGGAGCGGUGCUGGGCAUUGGUGUCGUGUUUUUCGGUGUCGCCUGCAGCAUCUUCAUCAAGCGCAUGAAGGAGAGGGAAGCGGCAGGUAAGAUCGAGCCGAAGAGAAGUGCUCAGUGAGGCCCCGAGGCUGGU